CGUAACACUCACCGUAAUAAGAUCAAUUUUUUUUGGGCUUUCUGAUAUACUGUUUGUAUUGAUUAAGCAAGAAAAGGUAAAUAGGAAGCUAAAAUAUUGAAAAAAUUUGUUAUUUGAAGGUCAACGACUACUUACUUUUUGUAUACAGAAAUCUCGGCAUGAUGCAUCAAGUGUCUGUGAAUGAAGCGGAAGGAUUGCUAGAAAUUCCUCUGGGAUCAAAACUUUCAUUUCGGUAUCGCAGUAAAAUAACCGGGAAAGAGACUACUGCUAGAAUUAUCGCUGGGCGUGAACGAAAUCACUUUUUUGCUCUGUUCGACGACGAUGACGUGGAUUUCCGGAUCGCAAUGGAAAAUUCAUCGGAAGAUCGAUCAGCAUCAUUCGCCAUGACGAUAUUAGACGAAUCUCACGCAUUUAUGAUUCGUCCACACCGAAACGGAGAAAUAGAGACACUGACAUCGAACGGAAGAAAACUGCAUUUCAUCAGGCAAUCUGGACAUGAAGGAAGAAAAUUGGUAUCUUCUACCGCCACCAAUCACGGAUUAACUCGACACGAAGCGUCGGUCAUGUUAAGCGAAGUCAAAUUUCGGGUUUCGUACUCCGAACGAAAGAAAUACUUGAUUACGGUUCGAAUUGACCACGGCAAGACAAUAUUGAUCGAUGUCAAUGGUUCCAGUACUCUUGCUUGUAUGAAAACGGCCAUUUCAUCUAAACUGGAAUUCUACGCAUCAGAGAAAAUGCAAAUCGUUCAUUUUAAGGGGCGUCGUCUUGACGCUAAUGACAAAACAAUGGAAGAUUUCGGCAUCACUGAACAUUCGGUGGUUGACAUGACUGGAAAGAUGAUCGUCUACAAUGUUAAAGUUCUGCCGGACAAAACAUUUUCAGUUCAAAUUAGCUCAUUUGCAACCGUCAUCCAGCUUAAAACUGAAAUAGCGAAACAAGAAGGAAUACCAGUCGGUCAGCAGCGUUUAUACUGCCCCGGAGGACGUGAAAUGCACGAUGGCUGUCGUCUUGCAUAUGAAUACCUUCCCAGCAAUUCCGAUCUUACGAUCUUUUUAUUCACCAACUGGAAAAAUGAUUCAGCUGGCUCGAUGGACGUUUCUAAAUUCACGGAAACCCACGAGUGUUCUCCAUCAUCUGUUUUUCUCGUGAGUGUAUCUCAUCCAAAUGGGCAAAUUGUUACGGUGUCUGUGUGUGCUUUGGACACAAUUCAGGGACUGAUAUCUAAAGUCCAGGCUGUUGCAGGCGUGACCGUAGCAGAGCUGCCAGACAACAUUCAAUGCUACAAGAAGAAUAGACUUCUCGAGAAGUUCCUACCACUAAUAGUUUACAACAUUUCUGGGAAGACGGAGGAAUGCAGACUUCAGCUGAGUUUCAUGUGCACUGAAAAACUACAUAUUUGCACCGCAGAAAACUUCAUUUUCAUAAAGACUCUCACCGGAAAAACCAUCAGCAUCCCGUAUUGUUGUAUGCUCUCAAUACAUGCAGUCAAAAUUAAAAUUCAAGAAAAGGAAGGGAUUCCUGAGGAGCAACAGCGGUUUAUAUUCGCUGGUAUGCAGUUGGAAGAGCAUCGGACGUUGCGUGACUAUGGCAUUCAAGUGGAGUCAACUCUGCAUUUGGUUCUUCGCUUACGAGGAGGAGGAUGUGAAUGUCGAAAUGGGCAGUUAUGUGACGAUCACGCUAAACAAAUGGAUGUCGAGCUCACGUUCAGUGAACGUGGUGCCAUUACUUUUGGCGGAAAAUCACAGCAACAGUUUCGCGAAUCGUAUUUCUAUGAAGAUUUUUCAAUUCAAAUCGAGCCGUUCGUGGUUGAACUGCGUCUAGCAGCUGUUCCUGUAUUGCUUUGAUUCAAUGGAAUGUUUUCCCUUUUGUUUUUUGUUUGUUUAAAAUAUAUUUUACCGAUUGAUGCAUCGGCUUACAGGUUUGUUUCAUCUCGUAAAUGCAACAUAUGAAUUUAAUAAUAAAAAUAUUUAGAAUUUG